UUAAAAUCGAGUUAAUAGAGUGUAAAUAGACUGUGAUCCACAAAGUUAUCAAUCCAUCUGUAAAAAAAAUUCGGAGGCACGAAGAAGACACCAGCACCACCAUUACCAACAGUAACAACAGCCCAUUAUUGUAUUUCUACUACCCUGACUACCCUGGAUAAAAGCUUUUAACGCUCUUAUCGUGGCAGGUAAAUGGGGCAGGGGGCGUGGAGGCUACAGUGUGGCGCGAGCAAGGGGCAAGACUACGCCACUACUUCAUCUGUGUUUUGACCCCUGGAAAACGAUGGACACGCCACUUUCUUCUAAAUUUAGCCACAUUCUCGUCGGCGCUCAGUGAACAAGCAAAGCGCCGUCCUCAUGUAGUAGCUUGUGUGACCAGAAUAAGCCGCUGGUCCCUCGAGAUUGGCUGAAGCUCCGCCGCUCUCCAUUGCUGCUAUGCGGUUCGGCACGUUCUGAGGGCGCGCGACAGAGAACGCCAUCGUCAUCCGGGCAAGUACACAGCAGCCAUGGCGCAGGGGAACCAUUUCCUAACCAUCCCCAAACAGGAGGGUCUUUUCACCACCAUUAAGAGCGGUCGAGCCGGGGAGACCCGCGAUGAUUCCCCCGUCGAAGAUGAGGAUGAGGAGGAGACCGAGGAAGAGGUGCGGUUCAUACCGCGGUGUUCUCCCGUCCCGAGGAAACGCGGCCCUUCCAUUACAGAUGAGACCGCCGAGUACAUGCGGAUUCGCCUCGCGCUCCCGCAGAGGAGAGUGUCCUUCGCGGACGCCUCGGGAGGAGAGCUGGUCGACGUGCGAGAGUUCGCCGCGUUCGACUCGGACGACGAAGAGGACAACGCCAACUGGGAGGAAGAAGAGGCGAAGUGUCGCAGAGCUUACCUCCAGCCCGUUUACCGCGUGUGGCCCGAGUUCCAGGCUCAUGCGGGAAGCGAGCUGGUGCUCGCGGUGCGCGCUAAUAAAGUGGAAGUGGAGAAAGUGACAGCCGUGGAGGACCAGCCACUCUCUUUCGACGCGCUUAUCUGCGUGCUUAACGUUUCUUAUCACAAAUGCGUCUACGUCAGGUCCACCAUAGACGGCUGGAUCACUCACUCGGACUCAGCCGCUGAGUAUGUACAUGGUUCCCACGACGGCGAAACUGACAGGUUUUCGGCCAGACUCUCCUUCUCCGAGCCCUAUCUCUUCAACGGAGCGCGGAUCGACUUUGUCGUGCGUUAUGAAACAUCUGAUGGAGAGUUUUGGGCAAACAAUUCGGGCAGGAAUUAUUCAGUAACCCUUCUCAUGUCCUAUGAGGAAGACACAGGCCCAGUUAAUAAGGCAGACGAUCGAGAAAUUAAAGGCAUACUGAAGCCUCCAAGAUACAGAGCAGAGGAUGACUCUGACUUCUAUCCAGACACAGAUGACGGGAAUGAGGAUAAUACAGAGAGAGAGGCAGCUGCUGAAAUCCCCUCAUCUGUGUGUCCGCUCGUCAUUGAGCCGGAGAUCGACAUCGAGAUUGCUGAAGCUCUGACUUCUCCCUCUAAAACUAGAGAAGACCCUACACUAGUAGAAUGUCCUCUUCUAAGUGCUGACAGACAAGAUGAACAUCCUCUACAGGAUUUACCUGAAAAUCCACCACAAACAGACCAUCUAGAAAAAGGCCAAAGCUCAGAAUUACUAAUACCCAUUGAGAACAUCACAGUUUCCAUUCAGAAUGAAGCCCCAGAUAAUGACCCAACAUGUAACUCCGACAGACAUUUUGUGCAUUCUGCCAAGUCCAACCAACUCUUUUGCCCAAAUCGAGAUAACACCCAGUCAGACACUGCAGUCCAAGCACCUUUUGACUUAGACAUAACUUUACCAGCCAUGUUUCCAAGCACCCAAGAUAUGGGGGAAGAUGACUCAGAAGAAUUAAACGACCAUGGAGAGAAUGAUGAAAUACAGUCUGGAGAGAGGAGAGUGGUACAACUGCAAGACCAGACCAGUGAUACAGUGGAAGUUGACAACACUGAAUCUUCAUUACAAGAGAUGCAAGAAUCAACACAUCAGUGUUCCUUGAAUGAGUUGAUCACUGCCAGUGCAAGUAAAGGCGAAGGAGAUUUUCAUCAUAGCACAGGUCACGACACCCUCUUUGAAGAAUCACAUGAGCCCUUAUUGGAGAAUCCAGAAAUGCAGAUGAUAAAACAUGACACUAUGGUCAGAAGGGAAACCAAGGAACAAGCAGGUCUACAGGUAGGGGAAGUACCAGACAUGACUGCAUCUUGUAUAUGGCAACCAUUUGAACCCACCAACCUGGGGCAGACCAGAGAGGACAGUGUGACCCAAAAUGUUCCCAGCCCUCCAAGAGCACCUGACCCAGAGGUAACUGAAUAUCAACAGCAAGGUCAGGGGCCAGAGCCUGAACUGAAAGAGGUACCUGAAGUCCUUUCUGUGAAUGUAGACACUCCAUCUGGCUCUGAGAGGGCAGAUCCUAAAGAGGAGAGCCCAAUACUAACAUCUCUUUCCAGUGCAACAGCUACAUCCCAAAGUUUAACCACCACUGUGCAAGCAGUGGAACCUGAGGGUGGGGAUGGCAAACCUUCCAUGACACAGGAGGAACCUUUAUCUAGUGAAGACUUUGAGUUGUACUACGAUGACCCUGCUUCAUUUCAGAAACAAGAGGGAUUAGAAAGCCAGCCUGCACUGCCCUGUAAGACCUUAGAGACUUCUAAUACAGAUGUUGAUGUGAUUUUAGGCAAGACGUUGAUUCCAUCCUUUGCCUUCCUAUGUGCUACUGUCUGCUUGAUAGUUGGGUUCCAUGAACCCAGCAUCUUCCUCAUCAUGGCACUCCUAGUUUCCCUCUGUCUUUAAUUGUUUUUUUCUUUUUAAAACUCACCGUCACAAGUGCCUAUUUCUGAACUUUAAAAAUACUACAAGUAUACAUAGUUUCUUAUUAGUGUUUGUGGUGUUUACAUAGCACAGAUAUAUAUUAGGCAACCAUUAUUUAUUCAGAGAGAGCUAUUUUUGUAUGCACUGCCUAUGAUUUACAUGAUAUCACUGUGAUUAAUACUAACACAAAAUUUCCCAUAUACUAAUAAAUACUUAAAAAAUUGCAUAGCUGUUACACAAGUAUAGGUUCAGCAUAGUACACAAUGUUUCCAGAAAAAUAGGAUGUCCUUCAUCAGUCCUUCAUCAACUCUGCAAGCAAGGUGCCUAUAUUGCACUGUAAUUAAAUGGUUAGUUAUGUAUAUAGUAAAUAGCAAAACAAACAAACAGCUGGAGUCAUUUCAUACCUUGUAUGCCUCUUACAGCAACUAUGCUUAACCCCUCCAUCUCUGAGCCAAUUAACCUCUGAAUGUGGCAUUGUGUGAUGUUCUCUCAUUUUCUCAUAUCAUAUACUCUAAAAACUUUCUUCAAAGUUUCUUAGCUUCUUAAAGAUGUUCUACCUGAAACCCUCUCUGAAGGCGAAACCUUUAUAAGGUACUACAUUGGACCUUUAAAGAUUCUACCAGAGGGAGAAGGUGAAGAACCCCCAAUGGUAUAACCUUUUAUUCUCAUAGUGUAAUCGCUGGGUAUAUUGACUAUAUUGUCUAUGACUAGUUCUUAUAUCUGUCCUGCCACUAGGAAACCUUGUCUGUAGUCCUGGCACUGCAUUGGCACUUCUUGUGACAUUUGAGACUUGAUGGAAUAUACAGAGAACCGACCAAGUGUGAUAAUUAUUUUGCAGACGCUCAGGUUUGGAAUGAAUGACUUUAUGAAUGUGACCUGAUCAUUGUUUCUCCUUGGCCUAUGUUUUUACCCCUCAUCAACACAGAAUCCUGGCCAUGUAAGAACGACUUGAGAAGUAAUCAACGUAAUAGUGUUAAAGAAAGUAACAUAAUGUUAAAGAAAGUUAUACAGUGUUAGAAGUAGUAUUGUUAGAAGAAAUUGAUGAAAACUGACUGGCAGUGGUUUAAUUGUGGUAAGUACAUUCAGAUACAAGAUAAUCAACCUGUCGGCUUUCUUCGACGUAGCAUCAAGUUACAGAAAGUGUUGGUAUGGGUUCAGUCUUUAAUUACAGUGGUUACACACCAGGAACGUAUUCAGAAAGAAGAGGAAGGGCAGGGCUGACCCAUUGGUACAAAUGGUACUUACGAAUGAAUAUCAGCAGUGAUUGGCUAAUGGAGUAGCAGUAAAAUGAUAUCUCUAUGCACAAUGUUCUAAAAAUUAAAUGAAGAUUAAAGUGUCGCUGACUUCUUAAAUGGAAACAAUCACCUGGAUGUUCAUUAAUGACAAGAUGUUUAUUUUAAUGUACUUACGUUUACAUUUAGAGUGCAUUAGAUUACGCACUUCUUAUGUAACUUCAUAUGUGACUAUAAUAUAAUAAUUAUUAUAAUUUUUUUUUUUAUUGUAUCAUGAGAUCAUGCAAUGGUUUUCAUUUAUGAGUUUACCAUGAAGACCGCUACAUCAGCUAAUCACUGUUAAUAUUCAAAAAUAAGAAUUGUUGCGGAAUUGUUUAUAGCAAUAUGGCGGGGGCAUUUAUUGUUUGAUGUUAAACAUGACUUGGGGAUGGUAUUUACACUUUAUCAUCGCUGCAGCUGCAAUUUUCAUGUGGCCAAGUAGCAAAAAGUUGUGUAAACUUUGAUCACCAGCGGAAGUGUAUUACUUACUAGGUGACCUGAUAAUUUUAGCUUGUUGUCAUUUAAUAUAUCAAAUGCAUGAACUUGACUGCAUUGUUAAAUUGCAGAUUUUUUGUGACUUUAUGUAAGCUACAACCAAUCAAAAAGCACUCAUAAAUAAACACUGGCAGAUAUCUAA